ACCUGAAUGGUUAAGGUAUUGAUAUAAAAUAUUAAGUUGUUUCAGAAAAUUUGACAUUUUUUAUUUACUUUUGUGUCCAGUAUGGAUUCAUUAAAAACUGACGACCAACUUACAAUAAAUAAUCGACGGAAAGAAUAUAAAAUUAGUAAAAAACUAAUUCGUAAAGUGCCUUAUUUUGAAAAGAUGUUGAGCCAUGACUUAAAGGAAUCAAAGGAAAACAAAGUGGAACUGGAUUUUGACGAACAAGCCUUAAAAGAGAUUUUUCAUUGUUUGGAAUUCGGUUACAUGUUCAUUGAGAUGGAAAGCGUAAUGAAUUUGUGCAACAUGAUCGACUAUUUCGGGAUGGACAAUGAUUUGAUGGAUGAGUGUGUUGACUAUUUUCAUGACAAUUUUACAAUUGAACAUCUUCCAGUUGUUAUGCCUCAAGUUACUGCAACAUCUAAAUGUAUCAACUCAGAAGCUCUCAAUGGUUUCAUCUGUCGCCAUUUCUUGAAGAUCUCAAACACGACUGCUUGGUUACAUUAUCCUAUUGAAAUAGUUGAAUACAUACUUAAUCUCAACCUGAUGAUUCACUCCGAAAAACAAGUUUUCGAUGCUAUCUUCAGAUGGAUCAAUGGUGAUUCCAGGUCUAGAAUGCGUUUUCUCAGAAAAUUGUUAAAUUUAGUUCGAUGGUAUCAUUUGGAAGACCUAGAUCUAUCAGAAAUAAAAAAAAACAAAUUUUUUAACCGUGCAGGUUCGGGACCAGUUUUUUGGCUGCAUUGGAAACGUAAUUGUCAUCGUGCUUUCAAUCGAGCUAAACAAAAUUAUUUCAUCAUGAUCGAGCAUGUAAGCGGCACAAAUUUACAUGUGAAAGUAAUUGAUAGCAAUUUCAUUGUGUUAUUUGUUCGAAAAGUCGAAUUAGAUAAAUCAAUGCCAUUGCAUGUUUUUCAUAAUAAACAUGUUUCUGAUAUCAUUUUUGAUUCCGGAAGGAGAGGAAUCCGAAUCGAUUGGAGUCUCAGUAAAUAUCGUUGGCUUGAUCUUUCAACAUUUAAAUGCCCUCAUCUUGAAACCAUUAAAUGCAUUUAUGGAAGAAGCGGAGAAAAGAACUGUUCGUCGGAUAAUUUAAACAAAGAUUUGUAUUUAGGCGCGCUUGGAAGUGCACUUCUCGAAACUACUGAAAAGUUCAUUUUGAUUUAUGAUGGUUAUUUUUCAAGAUCAUUGAGUGAAGGUUUUGAAAAAUAUUUUCAUAAAGAUUUUCACGAUUUUCACGUUACUUUUUUGGAUGAUCAUAUUUACGUCUUGAAUAGACUCCUUGUUUUAACUCGUUAUGACACUAAUUACUGCCCUAUCGAAUGGACUCGCUUCGAAAAUACUCGUGCAAAAUUAGCAGAUUUACUUCUAACAUCCAGUCAAGCCAAUGACAAUCGAGUUUUUUUGGCUAAUAAAAUCACAAAAGAUAUUCACUGUUACAACAUAAAAAGUAAAAAAUGGAGUUCAAUCCAUCUUAAGAUUAAUAAUGGUUCCAUUGAUUGCCGAACGGGCUCUAAUGAACUUCUAGCUUUUACUUCAGCUUUUCUUUCGAUAGACGCUAUCGGACCUUACAUGAACCCUGAACUUUCAUAAAUAAAAUUAUUAUCAUUUCGUAUGAUAUUAUUUCAGACUCAAAAGGAUUACGGAUUUACGCAUCAAAGUACUGUAAAGAAAUUUUCUCCCAUUCAUUAAACAAACCUUAAAAUUAAA